AUGGAGGCUAAUCCAUCUAACAAGUCUUUAUCAAAGAAAUUAAAUGCUGCAGAGACGCGCAAGGAUCCUGCAGGGAGGUUGGGGUGGCAGAGGACGCAGGAGGAGGGAAGGACACCAGCGUCACGCCGGCAAAACUCUACCAAAAAGCCUACACCGCAAGAAGACAGCAAAUGGAAAAUACCUGAGUCCCAGGAAUCACGCCGUCAAAGACAGGAGGAGGAGUCGUGGACCACCGAAGUCGGGGCAGGAUCCUCACUUCUCUCCAGUCAAACCCCAAUUCUUUCGGGUGGGGCGGGGAUCUUCCGCUUGGAGCGGAAACGUCACUUCCGCUUCAUGCCUUCACCCUUCUUGGCCUGCUCCGCUCUAGAUACGUCUGCUACUUUCGUAACGUUCUCACUUCCUUUUCCAGGAGACCGCUGUCUAGUCGUAACACCUGAUGUGGACUACAUGACCCAGCAUUCAUCACGGCAGGUUGAUUUCCGGGUCAAGAGUUCCGCGCUGGCUAUAUCACCAUGGAAGCCAUCGGUUUGGUCACGUGGUGGCCCUGGUUACGCCCGGUGGCUGCUGUGGGGUCUGGGGCUCAGGCAGGGGCCAUUUUGCCGAAGGCAGCCUCCCAGACUCGGGGGUGGCUUGGCAGCUAACUGA